ACGGAUCAAGGAGUGACUCAGCCAACUCACCCGCCAAAUUUACCAGUCACCGAUCGCUGGCCAUAUUUGGGUAGGGUGCUUCGGAUGCAGUCACAACAGCCUUACCAUGACCUCCAUGGCCAGGCUCGCACGUCAGGCCAAUAUGCUUUGCACACGUUCGCGGCCAUCGACCUACAUCUUCUCAUUCUCACAUAGUCACCGUCACCGUAGCUCUGCAUUGGGCGUCUGUCGCAGGACAUUCGUUACUCACCAAGACGCUGCAUCUUCUUCAUUACUUUCUUCUGCACUUGACCAGAAACAGCGCGCAUCGCGUUUGAACCGAGAGGACUCGGUAGGACCGUUUACGCUUGGAUUAUCUCAAGCCUCCCUCAAGCAAGGAAAGAAAGUGAAACAGUGGUCCGAGCUGAGCACGGGUGGGAAGGUGAUUCGAACAACUCAGCGCACUUCGAACCUUGCUGUCAUUCUUUUGGGUGCCGGCCUUUCUGCUGUGCUCAUAUAUGCCCUUACAUCGGAGUUGUUCUCAAAGAACUCGCCUACCGUCCUUUUCAAUGAUGCUUGCAAACGCAUCGAUGCGUCUCCUCGGGUUGCAAAAUACCUGCGAGCACCUCUAAUAUUCCACAAUAACCCACCCUCUUCCACACGGCCGAGGCAUAGGCAUAGGCACGUGUCAUCUCAGGUUGCAGUAGACGCAUCAGGGCGAGAACAUAUGCUCCUCAACUUCUACGUACAAGGGUCAUCCCCAGCUAAAUCGGCUCAUCAAGCUGAUGAUGAAGCGGGUCCUUCAUUGAUCGAGUCUCUGAGCUCCCUGACUCUAGACGAAGCUAUAGCGUACGCGAAGGAGAGGCUGGAGUUGAUUGGGGAAUCUGGAAAACGUGCAUUUAAAUACUUGAGUGGCGAUGUCACUCCAUCGCCUGCACCUUACCCGCACCUGUCGGCCAAGGAAAACCAAGAGACAGAAAGAGAUCAGGAGAAGGGCUUGUGGAGCCUUGCUGGGUUGUUCUCAGGGUUGAAGGGACGGAGAAGUGCAGUUGAGGGUGUAAAUGACUUCGGCGUUUUGUGGACAGAGGGAGAAGUCCAUGCUGAUCUCGUCCGGAACGACGAGGGUUAUUUCGUCUUCCGGUAUCUCCUGAUUGACAUUCCAAACUCAGAAACCCGGCAUCCAGUGAGGGUGUUCGUUGAACGAGCACCAGGUGUCCGGGAAAAUGAGCCCAUUAUGCGGUUCACUUCGGUAUAAAACACUGAACUUGCCACCCCGAUACCUAAUUCGAAGGUAUGGGAGGCCUAUCCAUUAUCUAGGCAUAGUAGACUACUGCUUGCCAUGCACAUCUGUAUUAUAUGGUACAAAGGGACGUUCAACUGCGGUUAUGCACGAACCCCUAGCAAUACGAGUGAUGUAACAAAGGAUAUGCAGUCUACUCGCCGAAAAGCUUCUGAACGCGUUUCAAUACCGAAUCUUUCGAAGGGUCAUAUGGAUGGUCCUUGGAGGGUAUCUCGAGCAACGUAGGGAAUGCUUCCUGAUAGCGGUCUACCGUCGGUCGUAU